UCUCUCCUCUUACCACAGUCACAAGGAGGUGAGCGCUGACCCGUCGUUUUUUGCGCUUGUGGCAGUCGAGUGCUGGUGCGCGUUGGAGACGGACGACAAACGGUGCGUAAAAACCUCUGUGAUCUAAUGCAACUGGUUUGCUGUACGCCAUUAACCGGCUCCGGAGUUUCUCUCUGAAUUUCGCUGAAGCCCACGGUGGACGAGACACACUCUGUACAGGGGGCGUUAUUUUUAGUCACCCAACGCAGCGAUGAGUGGCGUGAAGCCGGCUGUGACAGCGAGUGGUGGCGCUGCGCUCUGGUGGUGAGUGAGGAUCUGAGCUCCAACUGCGUGAAGCAAGAAUGAAGUCCAGGAGAGACAAGCUGAAGAUCCCCUCUCUGACCCUGGAUUUGUCGCCCACUUGUCAGAGCCCCUUGUUGAGUCCAUGCAGCCCCUGCAGCCCCUGCAGCCCCUUACAGACCCUGCAUCCCUGGAGCUGUCGCAGCAGCAACAGGAAGAGCCUCGGCGUCGGCACACCAUCACCCACCCUGUCCCGGCCACUGUCUCCGCUCUCUCUCCACACCGCUGCGAGCAGCCCUCUAGACAGCCCCCGAAAUGUGUCGACCAGUGGCUGCCUCAAUUUUCCAUUUGCUCGGAGAGCUGAGGGCAGGAGAUGGUCCCUGGCGUCUCUUCCUUCCUCUGGUUAUGGAACCAACCCACCAAGCUCCACUGUUUCAUCGUCCUCAUCCUCUCAGGAGCGCCUCCACCAGCUUCCGUACCAGCCGACACAAGAUGAGCUGCACUUCCUUUUCAAACAUUUCCGCAGCACAGACAGCAUGACCGACGAGGAUGGAAGGCCCUCAACGGUCAAACGACCUCGAUCCAGAAGCCUCAGCCCUGGUCGAUCCUGUGUUUCCUAUGACAAUGAAAUAGUCAUGAUGAACCAUGUUUACAGAGAACGGUUCCCAAAGGCCACAGCUCAGAUGGAGGAGCGCUUGUUGGAGAUCGUCACCCACUACUCUCCAGACAGCUCUCUCCCACUGGCUGACGGGGUUCUGGGCUUCAUCCAGCACCAGUUGGUGGAGCUGGUCAGAGACUGUCUGGAUAAGUCCCAGAAAGGUCUGGUCACGUCACGCUACUUUGCUGAGCUGCAGGAGAACCUGGAGAAGCUGCUGCAUGAGGCCUUCGAGCGCUCGGAGAGCGAGGAGGUUACCGUCAUCACCCAGCUGGCGAGGAAGAUCCUCAUCAUAAUCUCUCGGCCGGCUCGCCUCCUUGAAUGUUUGGAGUUUGAUCCAGAGGAGUUUUAUCAUUUACUGGAGGCAGCAGAGGGCCACGCCAAAGUCGGCCAGGGAAUCAAGACUGAUAUCCCGAGGUACAUCAUCAGCCAACUGGGUCUGACACGGGACCCAUUUGAAGACAUGGUGCAGCUUGAACAGUAUGAUGCUGGUCCUUCAGUGUCUGUGGAGCCAGAUGUUAAUGUGGAGAGCAAAGCUCCACAGACUCUGACGCCAACUCGCAGGAAACCUCUGGAAAGUGACUUUGAGACAAUCAAACUCAUCAGCAACGGGGCGUAUGGGGCUGUGUAUCUAGUUCGCCACAAGGACACACGCCAGCGUUUUGCUAUGAAGAAGAUAAAUCGGCAAAACCUGGUCCUGAGGAACCAGAUCCAGCAGGCGUUCGUGGAGAGAGACAUCCUCACGUUUGCGGAGAAUCCCUUUGUCGUCUCAAUGUUCUGCUCUUUUGAGACCCGGCGUCACCUGUGUAUGGUCAUGGAGUAUGUUGAAGGUGGUGAUUGUGCAAACCUGCUCAAGAACAUGGGCCCACUGCCUGUGGAAAUGACAAGAAUGUACUUUGCUGAAACAGUCCUGGCCCUGGAAUAUCUUCACAACUAUGGCAUCGUUCACCGGGACCUGAAGCCUGACAAUUUGUUAAUCACAUCCAUGGGUCACAUCAAGCUGACGGACUUUGGCUUGUCUAAAAUCGGCCUCAUGAACAUGACCACCAACUUGUACGAGGGUCACAUGGAGAAGGACACGAGAGAGUUUGUGGACAAACAGGUCUGCGGGACUCCCGAGUACAUCGCCCCAGAGGUGAUCCUGAGGCAGGGGUACGGGAAGCCUGUGGACUGGUGGGCGAUGGGCGUCAUCCUCUAUGAAUUCCUGGUGGGCUGUGUUCCAUUCUUUGGAGACACUCCUGAAGAACUUUUUGGUCAAGUUGUCAGUGAUGAUAUAAUUUGGCCAGAAGGAGAAGACGCUUUACCUGUUGAUGCUCAGGACUUGAUCACCCGCCUGCUGAGACAGAGCCCACUGGACCGACUAGGAACUGGUGGAGCCUCAGAAGUCAAGCAGCAUCCUUUCUUCCUUGGUUUGGAUUGGAACGGACUCCUGAGACAGAAAGCUGAAUUCAUCCCUCAGUUGGAUUCAGAAGAUGACACCAGCUACUUUGACACUCGAUCAGAACGCUACCACCACUUGGCGUCUGAUGAGGAUGAGGAAACAAACGACGAAGAGUCUUCCUUGGAAAUCAGACAGUUUUCUUCCUGGUCACAUCGCUUCAGCAAGGUUUACAGCAGCACAGAACACCUGGCCACACCUUCCAACUUGAGUUUUUCCUCUGACCGAAGCCACAGUGAAGAAAAGGACGACCGCAGGGACAUGGGAGGACUCAGUCCUUCGCCAGUUCCAGCAGAGGGCAGCACAGAGCACAGACACUUUGGACGCAUGGCCAGCCUGCGUCCCCGGGCCUCCUCCAGCUCCUCCCAGUCGGAGCGGAGCACCAGUCCUCUGGUCAUGAGCAGCACCCACAGCCUGGAGACGAUGCCUCGCUUCGCCCUCUCCACUGACGACGAAGCUGAGGUGGUCGUUUCAAACCUCCGGAGGAUCAGGAUUCGGAGCAACAGCACUGGAGCCAAACACUCAUCACCCAAAGAACCUGCUGGCCCUCGGCGCUUCGGUAACCAGCUGGACACACCAGACAGACAAAAGCUUCCCUGUGGCGGAAAGGUCCCCAAGUCGGCCUCAGUCUCUGCCCUGUCCCUUAUCAUUACUCCAGAUGACUCGCCCGGUGGCCUUCAGCCCAGUCCAAUCUCUCCACGCUCUCUUUCCUCCAAUCCUUCUUCCCGUGACUCGUCUCCCAGUCGAGACUUUUCGCUCGGCCCCAGCAGCUUGAGGCCGCCCAUCGUCAUCCACACCUCAGGGAAGAAAUUUGGCUUCACCUUGCAGGCCAUCCGGGUCUACAUGGGCGACAGUGACGUCUAUACUGUGCAUCACAUGGUGUUGAGUGUGGAGGAAGAUAGCCCAGCGUUCCAGGCAGGUCUGCGCACCGGAGACCUCAUCACCCAUGUCAACGGAGAAUCUGUCCAGGGCCUGGUUCACCCUGAAAUGUUGGAAUUGCUGCUUAAGAGUGGCAGCAAGGUGGUGCUGCAGACCAUCGCUCUGGAGAACACGUCAAUCAAAGUCGGUCCAGGUCGAAAGAGCAAACACAAAGGCAAAAUGGCCCGUCGUAGCAAGAAGAGUAGGAGGAGAGAUAACUACGACAGGAGACGAAGCAUCUUGAAGAAGCUGUCAAAGCAGGGCACGGUGAUGCACAGCAGCCGCAGCUUCUCUUCAGGUCUCCAUCACUCUGUCUCCUCCAGUGAAAGUCUUCCAGGCUCACCGACACACAGCCUUUCCCCUGGACCUUCUACUCCCUGCAGGAGUCCUGCCCCUGAUCAUCAAGGCUAUGAAAACAUCUCUCCUCAGAGCACAUCUCCUUGCUCCAGCUCUCCCAGUUCACCAGCCGCACACAUCCGGCCCAGCUCACUCCACGGCCUGGGCUCCAAGCUCAGCACGCAGCGCUACACCAAGGUGGGCCGGCGGAAGUCGACCAGUAACAUCCCCCCCUCACCCCUAGCCUGCAACUCCUCGUCCUCAGCCCAGCCUCUGUCUCCACAGCGCUCUCCCUCUCCUUUACCAAGCUUCACCAAAAGCCUUCACUCUUACCAUGGCAAAACUCUGUCACCGCCCACCAUCGUCAGGCACAUCGUGCGUCCACGCAGCGCCGAACCACCUCGAUCUCCCCUGCUGAAGAGGGUACAGUCAGCAGAGAAACUGUCUGGGGUGUAUCAUGCAGAUAAGAAGUCCUACGCCCCCCGGAGGCACACACUGGAGGUGCCAUUUUAUGGUGAGGCAGAUUUACUUGGUGACUCUGAGGCGGAGGGUGCAUGUGGAAGCUCCUACAUCGGAGCAGAUCACAGCAGACUGGGGGGCUACAUGGGCUGCCAGAGGGUGAGAGACUCUGGUAUUGAACGUUCUGAGCAGCUGGUUGUGAUGAGAAAACUCAACCUAUCAGAGCGCAGAGACUCCUUUAAGAAGCAGGAGGCCGUGCAGGAGGUUAGCUUUGACGAGCCGGAGGAGAAAACCAGCACCUCGGUGAGCUCGGCUGCACCAGGAGCACAGACACAACCUCAGCAGCAGCACGGGUCAUCCUGGAUUGUCCCUCCACCACAAACCAGUGGGGAGGUCGAGAUGAAUCCCAUGGUGCGAAGAUUCACCCUGGUUCCCCAAAUUGCCGUGCAGGGCUCGACAGAGAGCGAGGAGCAGGACGAGUGGGAACCAUGUUCAGACAGUGAGGAAACCAUAGUCAAAGCCGAGCACGAGGUCAGCAUCUCCUCGUCUCAGCAGCAAACGGCAGGACGUCCUCUGACUGACCACAGCUGCAGUCAUGUGGCGGGAGCAGCUUCCAGUUGUCCUCAAGCUGCUUCCGAAGUUGCAGGAUCAGUGGAGUGCCGAGAGAAACCAUCACUAAAAGAACCUCAGAAAAAGUGAAGUGAAGUAAAGUUUUUUGUUUGUUUUUUUUUAGUCUGAGCCAGAAGAACUGAAAGCUAUUAGAGAGAUGAAAGGGAGUGAGCAAAAAUUUUAACUUGAAUAUGUUUGUACUGUAGGUAUUUUUUUUUGUCUUUCUUGUAAAUAUUAGGCAACAUUCUUGUUGUAUUUAUUUCAUUUGAUGUAGGAAAGAGGAAAGUUCUCUUGCUUUUGUAGCCAAUGCUCAACAUUUUUGUAUCCAUAGAUCGUGGCUGUGUGUUUUUUCCUAUGAAUGUCUAUUUUUUUACAUUGUUCAAAUUUUGGCAGCACAGCCAGAAUCGAUGUUGCCGAUUGUUGCAGGACCAAAAGAUAUGAAAAGCAAAAUUUUAUAUUUUGACACACUUCACAAAAUGAUCCUACCAAAUCUUCCAUUUUGUUUUUGUCAACAGGGGUUUGUGAGGUACACUAUGCCUAAAACAAGCUGCUACUCAGUCUGUUGCGUAGUAAAGUUUACAUUUGGAAAAUGUGCACUAACGUGAUUUUUGACGUGACUUUUGUAACCGAAUGUUGAAGAGGAAGACAUUUGCAUCCAAUCCAACCCAGGGCUUCUUUGAACAAAUGUUUAGCAUGUUUAUUUUGUACAAAUACUGGUGUACAGUUUGAAACAACAAACAGCAACUUUGUUUUAGUGACAACUCACAAUAACAUAAUAAUGAUUAUGUCAAAUGAAAAACGGCCUGGAUGUCUUUCAUACUUCUGCAUACCCCCCGGACAGAUUUUGACUUUCUUUGUCUUACUUGUUAGUAGCUUUUGGUGGAUUUUGUGUUGACUAUUGUUUUGUAAAUGGAUUAUGAGCUCUUCCUCCUAAAGACGGCCUUGUGUUCCAUGGUGAUGCCCUUGCAUCCAGUGUCCAUGAGCAGAUUUUUGAAUGAUCCAGUCAUUUAGUGCAGUCUGAUGGAACUGUUUACAGUGAACAAACAUGCUGUUCUGUACAAAACUGUUUACAAUACUGUAAGUGAUUAAUCGAAUCUCUUUGAUACCUGGGGAUGAAUUUAUAUUCAUGAGUAUUACACAUGUGUUAUGUUUUUGAAUAUAAUAAGUUUAGUACAAAGUUGGGAAUAACUAAACAGUUUCACAAGCACGUAAGUUCCAAGGGUUGUUUUGGUUAAAGAAGGCCUCGUUAGAAUAUAGAAGAAUAACCUUGUUUCUUUAGUGGCUGUAGAAAGUGUUGCUGUUGCUUGGUUUGUCUCCACUGGUUCAACGUCUCCUGUAAUUUGACUGUUGGAGGUCAACACAAACAUUGCUCUCAGCUAAUGUUCAACGGACUCUUACUCUCAGUACAAGGGGGCAGAUCGAACUUUUGUACUCCUGCAUGUGUUUUCCUGUGGACUCUUCAGCUCAGUGCAUGCUGCAUGACACAAGCACACAUUUGUAAUACUUGACUGCAUGGUAUAUCGGCGUGGUCGCCCUGUACUGUGUUAUCUUGUGAAACAAAUAAACUUUUUAUUUCACUUUGA